UCAAGGCAUUAAUCAUAAUUCCAUAACAUCGUCCUUGUGCCAUUUCAUUCACUUAUAGAGAAAACUCCACUUGAAAAAAUUUGUUCCUUUAUUUCAAAUGGAAUUGGGAAGCAUAUUGCACUUUCUUGAGGGAAGAACAAUUUUAGUCACUGGUGCCACUGGCUUCCUCGCAAAAAUUUUUGUUGAAAAGAUUUUGAGAGUUCAACCAAAUGUGAAGAAACUUUAUCUUCUUCUAAGAGCUAAGGAUUCUGAAUCUGCUGCCCAACGUUUCCGCAAUGAGAUAAUAGGGAAGGACUUGUUUAAAUUGCUGAAGGAAAAUCAGGGUCCAAAAUUCAACUCCUUUGUCUCUGAAAAGUUGACUUUGGUGCCUGGAGACAUUUCUAAAGAAGGCUUGAAUUUGAAGGAAUCCAUUCUAGAAGAGGAGAUUUGCAAUCAAACGGAUGUUAUAGUUAAUUUGGCUGCAACAACGAAAUUUGAUGAAAGAUACGAUGUUGCGUUGGGUAUAAAUACAUUAGGAGUCAAGCAUGUUUUGAGCUUUGCCAAAAAAUGUAUUCAACUCAAGGUGCUUGUCCACGUUUCAACAGCUUAUGUGUGUGGUGAGAGAGGAGGACUCAUACUAGAGGAUCCUCAUCGCUACGGUGUGUCACUAAAUGGAGUUCCAGGACUUGACAUUGACAUGGAAAAGAAAUUAGUGGAGGAGAAAUUGAAUCAAUUUCAGGCACAGGGAACAACUGAACAUGAUAUUGAAGUGGCCAUGAAGGACUUAGGUAUGGAAAGAGCUACUAAAUAUGGAUGGCCAAACACAUAUGUGUUUACAAAAGCAAUGGGAGAAAUGCUUGUAGAAACUUUCAAGGAAAACAUGUCUGUUGUUAUUGUUCGUCCCACCAUUGUUACUAGCACUUUUAGAGAACCUUUCCCUGGAUGGGUUGAAGGCUUAAGAACCAUAGACAGUAUAGUCGUUGCUUAUGGUAAAGGAAAAUUAACAAGCUUCAUGGCGGAUCUCGAUGCAGUUUUCGACGUGAUACCAGCAGACAUGGUGGUAAAUGCAAUUAUAGUAGCUAUGAUGGCUCAUGCAAAUCAACCUAAUGAUAAUAUCAUAUAUCAUGUUGGUUCCUCUAUUAGAAACCCAAUUACGUACCGUACUUUCAGAGACUAUAACCUUAGAUAUUUCACCAAAAAACCAUUGAUAAACAAGGAUGGAAAAUCGAUUAAGGUUGGCAAUAUUACUGUGUUUAGCAACAUAGCUAGCUUCCGGAGAUACAUGUUCAUAUGCUACAUGCUUCCUUUAAAGGGACUAGAGGUCGCAAAUUCAAUUUUGUGUCAAUAUUUUCAGGGAAUAUAUACUGACCUAAACCGGAAAAUCAGUACAGUUAUGCGGUUGAUUGAUCUUUACCUGCCUUACUUGUUCUUCAAUGGCAUAUUUGAUGAUAUGAAUACACAAAAGUUGCUAUUAGCCGUAAAACAAGAAGGUGUAGAAGUGAAUUUGUUUUACUUUGAUCCCAAAAUUAUUGACUGGGAAGAUUACUUCAUGAAUAUCCACAUCCCUGGUAUCUUCAAGUAUGCAUUAAAGUUUUAAUCAUACAAAAAAAAAAAAAAA